CAGACCUUGAGGGUCCGUGGGCUUGCCUGUCUGCGCAUGCGCACUACCACAAAACAGUGGCGUUAAUUUUCCUCUAAAGCUGUUUUUCACGUUACCGUUAUCGUUACACGGAGGAUGUGUUGAGCUGCUGUUUGCCGGAUUUAGCUCUAACAGACGGUCAGUUCAGCAGCGGGCUGAUACAGCGGCUCUACCGCAGCGCUGCUGCUCCCUCAGCGAGCCGGAGUUAGCCGCUGUGAACGCUAGCGCUAGCCGAGUUAGCGUUAGCAUAGCUUAGCUAACAACACAACUUCGCCAGUCUGACUGUCCGACUCUGAGCUUUAGUUGUUUCAGUAGAGAAUACGAGUUUUAAACGCGCUUAGAAAGGCGAGUCUACACAGCCCACUUUUAUCUAAGUCUUUAAAACAAAAACUGCGGUCCGGGGCUCUCCUCCAGCCGGCCGGCUAACAUGCUAACGGUAGCCGCUGAGGCUGCGCGUGAGUUCUGUCACGUCCCUCCAGCCGGAGCUUUAGCACGUUAGCUUAGCUUAGCUUAGCUAGCCGCGCAGAUAGCGGCACUGAGGGACGGGGGGUGUAACACUGCAGCCAACAUACGGUUUAUUUAGCUUUAAAGGACACAUUUAGAGUGAAACGUAGCCACAAAGCCAGUUAUUUUUGUCAAAGCUUAUUAGGAUGUGAUUCAAGUUUAACGGGACACUGAGUAACGUUAGCUAAUGCAAAGAGGUGAUUUUGGACUAUAGUGUAACGUGGCUGUCUGCUAAGGUUUAUAUUUCAAGUAGUUAUUUGGACUGUCCUAUAGUGUGACAAGAGCAUUUAGCAUAGUUUAAAAUUGCAUUUGGACUAUAGUCUCAUAUAGUGUAACGUGGCCAUCUAUUAGUUGGUUGUUUUGGAGUGUCAUACAGUGUAACGUGACAUGGGCGUUUAAUAAGGUUUAAGUUGCAUAGGGUGAUUUCGAAGUUAUUUAGCUAGUGUUACAACAGUUUACUACGGGUAAUGUUCCAUGUAAUUGGUUUUGGAGUGUCAUACGGUGUAACGUAAUUAGGUGUUUACUUUAACAUUUAGUUAGUUAAUUUAGGGCUAGGAUACUUGACAGUUCAACACAGUUUAUGUGGCAUAAAGUUAGAUUUGAACUGCCCUUGUGUAACACUGUAGUUACUGUGGUUUAUGUUACAUACUGUUAGCUCGUUUAGGACAGUCAUAUAGUGUUAUAUAGGAGUGUACCAUAGUUUUGAUUUCGGUUUCUGGACUGUCAUAUAGUGACACAGCCGUGUAGUACUGUUCAAAUUACACAGAAGGGAUUUUGGACUGUCAUAUAGUGUAACGCAGGUGCAGUCUGUAGGUUAUACGCAGUAAAGGUUGAUUUUAAGACUUGCCCACACGGUCAUAUAGUGUGACGUGUGGUUUAUGUGGGAUUUAAGGUGAAUUAGGACGGGUAACUCGUAUCAUGGGUACCUGAAGAGUGAUUUUGAAGUCAUUGGUGUGACGGGAGAAUAACUAUGUCUGUGAGCGGCUUCACGGACCUGCGGGAGAAGCUGAAGGCCAUGACUCCGCACCGGGAGGAGCCUCGGAGCGGCGGGGAGAAGCGCCGGAGGAGACCGCCCUCGGACGAGGAAGAGGAGGACGAGGAGGAGGCGCGCGUUCGCGAGAGAGAGCACGAGUCGGAGGCGCGCAAGGUGAAGCGUGGCAUCACUCAGGCGCCCGUGUUCACGGCGGAGGAGUGCGCGCGCAUCGAGGCCGAGAUCGACGAGGUGGUGGCGCGCGCGCAGCGGGGGCUGUACCGGGAGCACACGGUGGACCGCGCGCCGCUGCGCAACAAGUACUUCUUCGGGGAGGGCUACACCUACGGGCCGCGGCUCGAGCGGCGCGGUCCCGGCCAGGAGCGCCUCUACUCCAAGGGCGAGGUGGACGAGAUCCCCGCCUGGGUGCACGAGCUGGUCAUCAGCCGCCUGGUGGCGCGCGGCCUCAUUCCCGAGGGCUUCGUGGACAGCGCCGUCAUCAACGAUUACCAGCCGGGCGGUUGCAUCGUCUCGCACGUGGACCCCAUCCACAUCUUUGAGCGGCCCAUCGUCUCCGUGUCCUUCUUCAGCGACAGCGCGCUCUGCUUCGGCUGCAAGUUCCAGUUUCGGCCCAUCCGCGUGUCCGAGCCCGUGCUGAGUGUCCCUGUGCGCCGCGGAAGCGUCACCGUGCUCAGUGGUUAUGCUGCUGAUGACAUCACUCACUGCAUCCGGCCUCAGGAUAUCAAGGAGAGGAGAGCGGUCAUCAUCCUCAGGAAGACAAGACCGAACGCACCUCGUCUGGACACCAGUCUUCUGAGCCCUUCCAUCAGCCCUCCUCCAGAGAGGCGUCACAAACUUAAAGCAAAACGAUCCCAUCGCAAAGCUGACCCAGAUGCUGCUCACAGGCCUCGGGUAUUAGAAAUGGACAAGGAAGAACAGAGGCUUUCGCUUUCCUCGCGGCAAAAUCGGCAUGAGAACUCCGGUUCCGAGAACUCCUGGAGGAGGAUGGAGGCCUCGUCCCUUUACAAACACUCUCAUCAUGCACAUGCUGACACACCUUCCCGCCAAGUCAAGAUGAGACGUCAUUGAGGAGCUGCAGUACCGUCAGUCAGUGAAAUCUGCAUGAAGUGAAAUGAUCUGCAGAACAGCUGCCGGUGAAGGCCACUUUUGUGGUUACUCUAAGCUAUGAGACAUUUCUUUAGGAGGCCUUUAAAAAGCUGAUCAGUUUGUUUAGACUGUUCUACAGACUAUGAUGGAUGAGGCAGUAUUAAUACAAAAGGAUAUCGAGGAAAGCCCAGACCAUAGACUAACACUUACCAAUAGGUUACAGCUACAGAAAGCAUGGUGGACGUGUGCUAUUCUACUCUAGUGUGGAGUGAGGGUGGGUAUUCUUAUUUAUGUUUGUGCGAUGAAGAAUGGCAUAGACGUGACAGAACCUUUCAGUUUCAGCUCUAGAGCAGUUUAGCCUCAGUCACAGCUAGCCUUCUUGUCGUACAACCAUUUGGAUGUUGUAAAGCAUCAUAAGAAGACCUCUACAGUGACACAGUCCAACAAAAAGAAGAGCUUUGUAAAUCAUGGACUGUGAAAUACAUGUCUAUGGAUUCUUGUGCUUUUUGAGGCUGCUAUAACGCAGGAUUUUUUAGCGUUUAUCUGUUAUUGUGUGAUGACAUGAGAAAAGAGCAAGUUUAGUAAUCUUACGCUAUUUGGCAUGAACUUACACCACGGUUGAGGCAGAAAAAUGAUUUUGUCUUGAAUUUGAAUGUGUUAAAACGGGGAAAAAAACUAUUUUAGUUCAUUUGUCUCCCACUGUAACAGUACAAGUUAAAGUAAUUUUCAAGAUGUGAAGUCAUAUAUGAUCUGAUAUGUCUUGACAUAUAUGCAAGGAUUUGUUUCUGAAACAUGAGAAAUGAGUGUUGUGAUAGCCUCACUUGGCUUUGGCAUCGCUUGUGUGGUUAUUUAUUUCUCACAUUUUUUUCCUUUUGGUUUUUGAGUUUUUUGUUUUCCUUCUUUUUGCAUUUUGGAGAAGGUCCAGCCAUAGAAUGAGGUCUGAAACUGUAUACUAGCAGUCCAGCUUGUCCUUUUAACGACAGCUGAGGCAAAUUUGUUUGAUCAGAGUUUGGAAACAGCUGCUUAUACUAUACCAAGCAAGUAGCCAUGUAUGUCACACAGAUGCGCUCGUUUUCCAGUGGUCAUGGAAACGAUGGUUAAACUAAGCUAUUUAUCCAUUUAAGGUUAUUUCAUAGUUAAUUAUAUACAUUUUGCAGUAGCAGCUUUUAAAUAUAUGAAUUUACAUGUAUUCAACAUGUGUUCCAUUUAUUUGCAGUAGAGGAGGAGGAGGAGCAAAGCAACCUCUUCUUCACAGCAACCUAAUCUUUUUGUCCUCCCCACCACAGCUCAAAGUCCACAGGGCUUCUGGACUGACUCUGUAGUCAUUUCAUUUCACGUCCCUUGUGCAAGACUGAAAACGGAGGAGUGCUAUGAAAAGACACAAAGGACUUUAAACCUGCAAGACUGAGUUUGCUUUCAAAUGAGCUCCUCAUGCCUGUAGCGAAUUUCUACUAUAAAGUGUUGAAUGAGAUUGUGCCUCGAAGGACAGAGGUAUGGUUUGUUGUAUACAUGUGUGUAUUUUUGCAUCAAAGGUGUACAGGCCUGAGAAGAAAUGAACUUAAAGAGAAGCUAUAUAAAAGUUUAAAAAAAGAAAA